AUGGAAUUAGAUGCUCAACCUGAAAGUAUUCAACUUGAACCGUUUUUCGUCACGCCGCGAUGUCCUUUCGAAAUUCUUUCGAGCAUUCUUCUCGUUUGUGUGGAAUAUUAUUAUGAAACCAGGCGUCAACUUCCAGAAAGCACCUCUGCACGACGUGAGAGGCUUGAAAAAAAGGCUACUCCGCCGCAAGCAUUCACCAUCGUUUGCCGCAGUUGGCGAGAUGUGACCCUGCGUACUCCUCGUUUGUGGGCUACGUUUCGUAUCGGUGACAUCGUCUCCUAUGACGAUUUAUGUAGAUCAGAUCAAGGGAAUAUCGAACACCACCUCCUCGCCCUCCUUCGAUGGCUUGGACGAUCUGGAGUUGCUCCACUUACCAUGUCCUUAGAGGUUCCCCCACGGCAGUUGCAGGGCCGGACUCCCACAGAAACGAUUCUCCGCGCGAUAUACCCCCUGCUUUGCGAAUACUCCACUCGGUGGUACGAUAUGGAUCUCUACUGGAUCUGUGUGAGUUCCCCGCGAGUCCCGACGCCCCCGUUGGUACUCCCAAAACUCCUCCGGCUGCGCUGCCAUUUUAAUUCCGCGAUAUCAGGACCACUCCAUUCCCAUGAUAGCAACCUUGACUUUUCGACAGCUCCGAACCUUCAAGAGGUGAUGAUCGACACCUUGACGAUGAGUUUGGUCGACUUCAUCCUGCCGUGGGCCCAGCUUUGCUCGCUCGCCUUCCACAGCGAGAAUGCGACCACGGAUCACAGGCUCUACGUCGCAGACUGUCUCAAAGUGCUCUCGCACUGUGUCAACCUCACUGACCUGAAAAUAUUCGGUGCCGACAGCUUCCCGUAUUAUUAUCGCUCGUCGCACAGACUUGUCGGCUAUGAGCCUGCCAAAACGGAAGUUGUGACUUUACCUCGCCUCCAGCACCUCAAAGUCACUACGAAAGACCCUCGCAUGAUCUUUGGCGUCCUUCCAUUUCUGUUUUUGCCCUCCCUUACCACCCUCAAGGUACACGCCAUAGAUUCCGACAAUUUCCUCUCCGUCGUUCGACCUAUAGUUGCCGCCCAUUUGCAUCUGCGUAUGCUGCAGGUAGCCUCUCCAAUAAUGCCGUCUAUGGACUCCAUCCUUCGCGCUCUCGUUGGCUUUCCGAAUAUUGUUUCCCUCAUAACCGAUAAAAAGGAGCUGCUCCGAGAUCUCCAGCUCCACUACGAUCCUACGUCCGGCCAGCUCACAUCCGGCCUCGUUCCGGACCUGCAGGAGCUCUGUCUCUACUCCGCUCAAAUUUCUAUGAACCAUAAAUUCGUCCGAGACGACCUCGUGAACUUCGUCUCUUCACGAUGGCGUAGACCUGAUUUGGUGCGAUUGGGAGAGACGGGAAAGUCCGUUAUACCUCCCUUCCGACGCAUUCGUCUCCAUGGGUUUGUCAGAGAAGAUGGCAGGGACGUUGUGAGAGAAUGUUUGAGGGAAUUUGUCGAUGAGGGAUUAGAACUGGAGUUUCACAACCAUGAUUCGAUGGAUUUGGCGGUGUGGAAGACAGCGGGGUGUCGUUGGCCGUGUGAGGUCUAG